UGGCCUAAGCUGCAUGUGAGGAUAUGAACAAAUGGUCUCAGCGUUAUUUUCCAUGUAACCGGAUAAACUUAGAAACUGGGCCUCUCAGAACGCUCACAGAUUUCUUUACAGCAGCUGGAAACCGAAGCACUUUGAAACAGUUUUCAAACCAUUUCAUGCUCUGAACGGACCGAGGGAAAGAUAAGAUAUGGACUGUAAAAGGGAAUCUGAAAAUCCAGUGGUGGCCAGUAAGCCAAACCUUAAUGAAGAACAAGCCAUCAGACUUGCAAAGACACUGUUUGAUUUAGAUGUAACCCGAGUUAAGUCUCUGCCAAGUUAUGACGAUCAGAAUUUUUAUAUACAAGCAUGUUGUGAUGGCAACGCGGAAUUUGCAGAGUUUGUAAUGAAGAUUACCAAUGGAGAGGAUAGCAAGAAUGAAGAACUCAUCAAAGCACAAACACAUGUCAUGAUGUUAUUACACAAGGAGGGACUUCCGACUCCAGACCCUGUGCUUACUAACACUGGUAAAAUCAUGUCCCUUGAAACCAUAGGCAAUGGACCUGUACCACAGAAACAUAUGGUGAGACUAUUGACUUAUCUACCUGGAACACCAGCUGCAAAAAUUGUUGCAACCCCCAACAUUCUUUUUAACAUCGGUAGAAUGGCGGCAGUUAUUGACGAAACCGUAACUAAGAAAUUUAAUCAUUCAAGCAAGAAAAGUUUUGAUCGUGGGGAAUAUAUUUGGAAUUUGUCUAACACACCUUUGUUGCAAAAAUAUGUUCAUGCUGUAAAAGAGGAGGGACUGCGUGAUAUCAUUAAAGGGACCAUCAAAGAUUUCGAAACACGAAUAGAACCAAAUUUAAAGCAUUUACGCAAAUGUAUAAAUCAUGGAGACCUAAAUGAUCAUAAUAUACUUCUUGAAAAGACAGAAUCUGUUGAACAUGACGAGUACAAAGUAUCAGGAAUUCUGGAUUUUGGAGACAUGAGCAAUGGCUACUAUGCUUUUGAAGUUGCCAUAACAAUAAUGUAUAUGAUGAUUGAAAGCAAUGACCCCCUACAUGUAGGGGGGUACGUACUUGCAGGAUUUGAGAGUCUAGUUCCACUGACUACAGAAGAAAGGGACUCUUUAUUUACCUUGGUGUGCUGCAGAUUUGCUCAGUCCCUCGUAAUUGCCAGGUACAGUGUCCUGCAUUGUCCAGAAAAUGAAGAGUAUCUGAUGAUAACUGCGAAAACUGGAUGGAAACAUCUGAUGAACCUGGUCAAAAUGGGCAAAGAGGCUGUAGAGAAGAUAUGGUUCGAUACAGCAAAAUCUUACAUUGCGGAAAGGCACUGCUGAAGUGACAAUGAUCAGUUUUAUUCUAUACCACAUUUAAUGAUCAGUUUUAUAAAUUUAGUUUUAGACCCCUCUCAUUUAUCUUUUUACUUAUUUGGUUAUUACAUUUCACCUAAAAGUUCUAGGUUAAUAUGUAAAUUUUUAAUACCACGUCUGGACACUGCCUAAGGACAUGUAUUGACACUCUACGUCAUUCUGGUGUCCUUUCUGACAUGGACCACUCAACUCUGGCAGCUCCUUGUAGCCAUUCUGACUUGCUCAAAUAUUUUAGAUCUGCAGCAGGUUGCGUCAUCACUAAGAUUCAGCACAAGUCAUUCACAGACAGAGUAACUUACAAGCUUUGAACUCUUGACAGAGGGUACGCUAAGGCAUUAAGCAAGAACUGUUAUUUUCAGCGCAUACAUUUUUGGGGGUUUUCUUCAUACGUGUUGUCAUUUUGCAAAUCAUUGCUAAUUUUAUAGCAAUUGUCUCACUAAGUCAAUGUUGAUUAUUUUGAUCUACUGCCGUGAAUAAAAGAGAAGAUAUAACCAUUUA